UGUGCGGCAGCGGAGGAUCCUGCUGACAUGCCUGGUGGACGCAAGGCGCUGCUGCUUUCUGCUCUGCUCGUGUUCCGGUCCGAUCGCAGCCUUCAUGCUCCGCGGGGGGUUCGGCGGGGCGUCCUAGCCGACUGAGCCGCUCCAGCGCGCAGCGGCGGCGGCAUCGGCGGGUCCGGGGCGCAGCGGCGGCGGCGGCUUUUGCAGCCGGGGAUGAGGCCUACUCGCUGAAGCUCCCCACCAACCCCUCCACCGCCAUGGCCGAGGAUCAACAACAACCUGCAACCCACAAGCCCGCCUCGGGGCUGGGCUCGCUCCCGGCGCUGGUGCCGGGGCUGCAGGGGCCCGAGGCCAACGCGCUGCAGUUCAAAAUCAAGAAUUCCAUUUGCAAAUCUGUACAAUCAAAAGUGGACAGCAUAUUGCAAGAUGUUGAGAAGUUUACAGACAUUGAAAAGCUCUACCUCUACCUUAAGCUGCCUUCUGGUCCCAGCAGCGGCAAUGACAAAAGGACUGAGAAUGAGAGGGGGUCCUCCACUCCUGGAUUAUGUGAUCAGAGUUCCAUGUCGUCGAGCCGUACUCAGCAGAUGUAUGCAUUCAACUGGAUACGCAAUCACCUGGAGGAGCACCCGGAGACGUCCCUCCCCAAGCAAGAGGUGUACGAUGAAUACAAGAGCUAUUGUGACAAUCUGGGCUACAGUCCUCUGAGUGCAGCAGACUUUGGGAAGAUCAUGAAGAAUGUCUUUCCUAACAUGAAGGCUCGCCGCCUGGGCAUGAGGGGCAAGUCCAAAUACUGUUAUAGCGGGUUGAGGAAGAAGGCUUUUGUUCACAUGCCGUCCUUACCCAACCUGGAUCUGCAGAAAUCUGGAGACGGGUGCGAGCUGAUGGAGUCGUCGGGCCAGUCCCCGAACGCCGAGGAUGAGAUGAGAUCUGCAGCCUGUGGACUGGUGUGUGAGUGGGCUCAAAAGGUCCUGAGUCGGCAGUUUGACAGCGUGGAGGACUUGGCUCGCUUCCUGCUGAAUAGCCACUACAUUGGUACCAAGUCCAUGGCUGCGCUCACCGUGAUGACGGGAACCCCCACAGGAAUGAAGACCCCGACUCCGGCCUCUGCGUUUGUGCCCACCGCCGAGGCGAACUCGUUCCAGCCCCAGGUGAAGACCCUGCCCUCCCCGUCUGUUGAUGCAAAGCAGCAAUUGCAACGUAAGAUCCAGAAAAAGCAGCAAGAGCAGAAGCUGCAGUCCCCCCUGCCCGGUGAGAGCCAGAUCAAGCGAGCAGAGACCAGCACCCCCGGUCCCACCAUUCCCUGUGGAAGCCCGGCGCUGCUCUCCCCCCAGCCCACCAUAGGGAUCGUAGUAGCGGCUGUUCCCAGCCCGGUCACGGUACAGAGGAACCGGCAGCUGAUGACCUCCCCCAGCCCCGUGGGGACAGCAGAAGGAAAGGUGUUGCCUGUGAACUUCCAAGUGGUCACUCAGUCCAUCAAACAGUCUCCCAAAACCCCCCAGAAUAUCCCAGCGAGUCCUGUAGGCGACCGGGUGGCCAGACACGGUACACGAUACGCCCAGAUCCUGCCCAAGCCCUCUGCCACCAGUGCCAUCACGCUGCGCUCUCCCCCCACCCUGCUCAUCACCAACAGCCCCAUUAAAACUGUGAUGCCCAAUCCCCACGUCAGCUCGGUCAACGUGGUGAAGAUGACGGCCAUUGCUUUAGCGCCCAGCAGUAACAGCAGCAACGUGCGGCCGGCUUCGGCUGGCCUCGGCAACACAGCCCUUUUGGACGAUUCCCAUCAUCAGAGUUCGGCUGCCCCUCAUUCUCCUGCAGUCAGGUCCAGCGCCCUGACGUUAACCCCCACCCUGUGUGCUGACCCCAAAGGGCUGUCUGAAGCUGGAAGUGACGCUAGCGCCAUGAGCGUCAAGGAGGAGAGGGUGGCUAAGUUCAGGGCCGCCAGUGAGCCGAGCUUCCUGGUGAAGUGUUCCCCCGGAUCAGACAGAGGGGUCAGGAUAAAAAGCGAGUCCACAACCCUUCCCGCCCCCGUAGCUGCAGCUGGGACUCAGGACAGCAAUAACAGUAACUGCCAUGACAGUACUUUGUACUUGACUGUUGAUAAUCAGAACUCACACAGCAACACAUCAUCUAACGCCUCAUCUGUCGUUUGCACGACGAUGAAAGAUGCCUGCCCAGAUGCCAAGAGCCCGAGGAAGCGUGCAGCUGGGGAGCCCCACGUUAUUCCUGUGAAGAGGGUGUUUAUUUCCCAGCAGCCACUUGCCAUUAUCGACAAUCCCAGACUUGGGGUCAGUAUUGCAGACAAGAGGAUUCCCAGACCAGGAACCCCUGCAAGACCGGAGAGUGCCCCCUGCAAAGGGACUGCAAAACACACACAUAUAGGGCCCACACAGAUCCUUGCACUCACUGACAUACCCAUCGCACACAAAGAGGGGAUGCAGGUGUCUGUCAAGCAGCAGGACAUGCUGGUGAAGCAUGAAGACCAUUCUGCCAGCGCUGAUACCAACGCUGGGGUGGUUGGCAGCAGCGCCACUGACCAAGCACUGCUGCAGCAGAUCACUGGAGACCCUCGUGCCAUACCAGCCAACUCAGGACCACACGAAGCCUCUGUGAUGACUGAACUAAAAAGCACAAUGUGGGACACACAGCCGAUGUCAGCAGAACACAAACAAACCCCUUCUGACCAUAUUUCAAUGAUGGCCCAACCUUCGGAGCCGUCGGGCCAGCUCAGCCUCGCACAGGAGAUGGUCGACUUUGGAGGGUCUCAGUCCAGCAUCGACUAUUUCCCGUUCAAUGAUGACGACAUGACCCAGGACAGCAUAGUGGAGGAGCUGGUCCAGAUGGAGGAGCAGAUGAAGCUGAAGGGCCUGUUUGUUAACUGCGUCGACGUGCCCCUGCAGGGUCAGUCGGCCGGCGGCCAGGGCUCCAUGCUCGGCGCCCACCAAGCCGGCGCCACCUUCUACCACUCGGCCCACAGCAGCACCACUCCUGUCCAGACCCCCACUCCGACGCCCACCCCGACCCCGACGCCCACCCCCACCUCCGAGAUGACCCUCUCCCACAGCCUGACGAGAGAGAGCCCCUGCUCCCGGAUGGCCCCCAUCACUCCCGUGGACGGAGCCAUGGGUCGCCACACCCCCAUCAGCACCCCGCUGUCCAACUGCAGCAGCAGCGUGCCCCCGAGCCCCGUGGAGUGCAGGAACCCUUUCGCUUUCACACCCAUUAACUCCAGCAUCACGGGUUACCACGACGCGAGCAUCGUCUCCAGCAGCCCCGUCAAGCCCAUGCAGAGGCCCAUGGCCACACACCCGGACAAGGCCAAGCUGGAGUGGAUCAACAACCGCUACAACAGCAACGCUGCCGGCCCUCUGUCCAACCACAGUAUCGGCAUCCUGCCCAGCUACCAGGACCUGGUAGAUGACCAGUUUCGUAAGCCUCAUGCAUUUGCAAUCCCCGGCCAGUCGUUUCAGGCUCAGUCCAGGCCGGACGCCGCUCACUUCGGCAUCUUGAAUCCCAUUUCUCCGGUGCAGCAACAACAGCAGGUAACGAGUGUCGCUACUGCCACUAAACAGGAGAGUUUUGCCGUGCCCGCCCCGCUGGACAACAAAGCCUCAACCUCAUCUGCAUCCGGUACUUUCCGUUGCCGUAGCGUCAGCCCUGCGGUGCGGCAGCGGAACUUCAGCGGCAACACCGCCACGGCCACGGCCACCGCCACCAGUACCACGGUAACAACUCGAGCGGUGGUGUCGCCCUUCAGCUCCCCCAUCACCUCUGAGGUACUCAGCAUCCUGUCCAACAGCCAGGGCGUCGGCUCUGUGCACAGCAUGGUCCAGCGCAGCCAGUCGGUGCCUCUGAACAUCAUGAUGCAGAGCGAGAUGCUGCCGGUCCAGGGCCCGAGCAACACGGCCAAAAUCACCAACGUUCUUCUCAGUAAGAUGGAAGCCGAAGGGGACGAUUCUGUCCGUGGUCUGGGCAUGAACAACCUCCCCUCCAACUACACGGCUCGCAUGAACCUCACGCAGAUCCUGGAGACCAACCCUGCGUUCGCGGGAGGGGCCGCCGGACAGACGGCGCUGCCCGGCGGCUCCACCCCUGCUGCCUUUGAGCUGCAGCAGCACGGCUACCUGGCCGCCGGCGGGAGCGAGCAGGGGAGUUUUCCUGCAGGGGACAGUCAAGCACAAGCAGGUGAGCAGGACCAGCAGCAGCAGCAGCCGCCGCUCCAGCAGGAUCCGGCGCAGACACAACCACAGCUCCUCCUCCAGAGCACACAGCAGCAGGAGGCGGAGGACGAGCAACAGCAACUGGACUUCAACAACACUGUCAAGGACCUGCUGGGGGAGGACGGCCUCAACCCCAGCUCCCAGCUGGUGGGUCAGGUGGCCUCGGAGCUCAACGCCGUGGCGUCCGACUUCUCAAACGACAUCAGACUGACCUCGGAUCUGUCCAGUAGCAUCACUGACCUUAACACGUUGGACACCAACCUGCUGUUUGAUCCCAAUCAGCAGCAGGAACAAUACGAAGACUCGACACUGGAAGAACUGAAGAACGACCCGCUGUUUCAGCAGAUAUGCAGUGAUACUGUAAACUCUGGUUUUGACUGGCUAGAAAGCAAAGACCAGCCCACCACGGUGGAGAUGCUGGGCUAACAUCGUCUUUUAUUCCACAUGGUUUCUGUUCUCUGUUGUUUGGUGCGUUAUGUUGUACAUUUGUUUUUCAAACCAUAGUUUGUUGAGGUCGGUCUGGACUUCAGUUAAAGUGCCAGACUCACCGGGACAUUUCUCCUACUGAUGUUUGAUUACUUCCCUCCCUCGUCGUCUGUUAACCAGGGUUUCAUUAUUUAACCACUUUCCUCCCUCAUCUGAAAUCGGAAACGUAAGCAUUUCAAGUGAAGAGUGAGCGCGCUCGGCGGCGGCGUGCCCCUACAAAGAGCAGUCCGUGUGCUACCAACAGUGAGAGGAUAAUCUUCAACGAUGCAAUAUUUGUACUUCACGAACAACGGAAGAAGGCGAGAUGGUAGGAAAUCUGGCACAAAAGACUUCACCAAAAAGGUCUGCCGCUGCAGACUACUUACAGCAUGUGCAGUUCAAGUUUAACCAAAUGGGGACAAAAUUGCUCUUGUAAUUUAUGCACAUAAUAGUUCUAGUACGUUCGUCUGCCAUAUCUAAAUAGUAAAAAGGGUGGCGUCCCAAGCUGCCAGGUGCUGAAUUUAUGACAUAAUCUUUAUACUUUAUCAUAUACCAAAUCAGUGGAACAGCUGAUUCACAUCUGAGCGUUGUCCAAGAGUGAAACUUUCUUAAAGCCUAUUCUUCUUGUACUGUUUAAUAUCUUAUAAAGGGAGUAGACGAGUCAACAGGGAGGAUAUGGAGAUGCAGGCGGCUUUGAGGACAAUACAUUGGAAGGAAUCAACAACUGGCUGCCUUAUUCCCAAAGUCAAGGCCUUACGCCAUCUUUAGAGAGACUGUACACAGAAUAAUGUUAUCUUUGGACCCAUCCAGAGCUUCAUCCUAUUAAGGCAGCUGUUACUCUGAUAUUUUCAGUACUAUUUCUUAUUCUGUUUUGCUUGGCAGUGUUACGGUAUAGAUGAAUAUUGUAUAGGCUAAUGACUACACUGUGUGUGCCCAUAUAAUUAAUGGAUUUCGAGGAAUUUGCUGUCCUGUCGUUUCAUGGAAACGGUGACGGGUGCACUUUCAGUCAUGAGAUUUUUUUUUUAAAUUCUUUUAAAAAUCAGAAUAUCGAUGGUGCGGAUGAUGCUUCACCUCCAGGUCGGCGUGGAGGCCGACAACAGUCACGUUGCGGUGUCAUCUAGAGUGGAUAUUAUGUUUGUGGAGGUCCGGCCCGGCGUCCGUGCCGGAGAUGGUCUAUUUGAGGAUCUGAAGAGAUUAUUUGACGUAGAAACACUCCUAGUAAACGUUAACAACAACAACAACAGCGGCAAGCGGGCAGCCACAGAGAUAUAAAAGAGUUCUAACAUUUGAGGAAACGGGAUUAAGUUGCGUAAAUCUUAUGUACAGUUUGUAAAUUUGUGAUAUGGUCACUGUCCUAUGUUUGAUAGGUAACUAUGGACCUGAGAGCAUGUUGAAACCAUCACUGCUAGCCAGGUAAGCUAUGUGAUACAGUAGGAUGCUUGCUUGAGUUUUUGGCUAUUGUCAAUGUUGAACAAGUCAUGUUUAAACUCCAUCUGUAAAUAGAAUAGAUACAUAGAAGUUUGAUGUAUCAAGACACUAUAUUAUGGCCAUUAUUCUAGCUAAGUAUGUGCCAUUUAAAAGGAAAAAAAAGCUUAACAGAUUUAUAGUCGGCAAAAUACUGUAUGUUGUGUGUUACAUUUCUGGCUCGAUGUGUCGUAACAGUGAUGCUGUCUGGUCUCGCUUGCUGAUUUGAGUUUAUUAUGAGUUGUUUUCUUUUCUAUUGGAAGAUAAUAGGGCUCUGUCGCUGCAGAAGUGAUGCGUCCUCUGAGCGGGAGCGAUAGCAUGUGUUGAGAAAACAAACAAAAACUCGUGUUACUGUUAGCUGGUCGCAGAAAUCUCUGCGGCAGACUUCGUGCUCGGUCUUUCAGCAGACACUGGAAAAAAAAAAUACUUGUGUUUCAACAAACUUUGGAGGUUCACGUUAUUGCACUAAAUUUUUAUGACACACGGCUUUGCCACAUUCUUACGGACAAAUGAAAUGAUGGAUGCCCGCAAAAAAAAAUAAUUUUUUGACAAGAUGAGUAAGGAAAUUGAAUGGAUUGUCAGAAAAUGAAUAAUUGUCUUGUAGCAAAAUGUGCAUUAAUCUCAGUGAGAUACACAUUUCUUACUUAUUCUCAUACAUGAGAAUACAAAGCAUUGAGGGAAAAAAGUUGAAUAACCUUUUAAAACCUACAUGCUCAUUAUGUUGAUAAAUGAUUGUACGCACGCAUGUGUGAUGACUUCUCUUGUACUUUGUAUUCCUGGUAACCACUGUCUCUCGUGAAUUGGGCAGGUUCUGUUAACCAGACUGGCAGUGCUAGUUUCAUUACAUUACUUUGGUUGUGUGCUGUUUACUAAGUUAAUGGUCUGUAUGUUAUGUUGACGACUGUUUUCUGACAAUUUACAUAUUCUUAUUUUGCAAAAUGCAUUUGUGAAAAUAUGUGUUCUCCUCUCUUUUUCUUUCUUUCUUUCAUAAUAUGGCACUGAUGUUUGAAUUUGAAUGAAGGAAACCUUCCUUGUGAUCACAGGAGCUCCAUCACGCAGCGACUCUGAUUCUUAACCUUUUACUGACCCGACUCUGUUUGACCAUGUUGUCCAUUUCUACCAGUAGAGAAAAAAGAGAAAAACUCAAACAAACCCUCCUCUGUGGUGUUGUCUGGUGUUCUGCUUAAUGUACAGUAGCUUGUUAAUAUUGCAAACACGUUGUUUCUUUCUUUUUUUUUUCAAUGGAAAGUACUCACUGGUGAGAUUUUUAAAGUGGUUUUAAAAGCCA